CUUUAGCUUUGACCGCGAAUUGACCUCAAAAGCAAAAGGGGCCAUCAUUUUGCCAUGACUAACCUUCUUUUGAAAUUAGAGGACAUUCGUCUCCUUCUUUUUUUGGCAAGAAACCAUUCAUAUAAGAAGGUCAAAAUGACCUUGAUUGUGACCUCUCUGAUUGCAAAACCAACAGGAGUCAUCUAUUUUCAUGUGAAAUUCCAAUGAAUCUUAGCCCGGUAUUUUUUUUUUAAUGGAAUCUAUUUGAUUGCUAAACAUCCCUUUAUUACAGCUUUGAGCUUCUGAACGCAAAAUUUAAUGCAGACACCUCUUUUUCGUACCAAAACAUCUUGUAAAAUUGAGAGAAGCUGGACUAAGUCGGUUUUGCGUUAUCGAUCGAGAAACAGAUAGACGGACAAACGGAUGGACGGAAGAACGGAAGACGGCACCAUAAUUGGACCUCCUGAGAAAUAUUCAGAAUUAACUAAGAACAUAUUGAUAUAAGAAAUGUCGUCAUCUGGAAAAUCUAUAAAAUGCAAAAACACAACUACAAAUAUUUUAAAAAAUGACCGGAAAAUAUGAAAAUAAUAGGAUAACAAGCCAUUCGUAAUGAAAAUGGAAAAUACUAUUUAAGCUGAACAUGCAUCAAUGCUUUUAUAAAUAAAAUCGAAAAAAAAAAUUCAAAAUGUCUCAUUAAAACUGAAACUGAAACAGAAAUGGGACGUUUUUAACUGGGAAUAAAUUUACCCAGUGCCCUACAACGUUACAGCCGAUUCACACAUGUAUAUAUAUUUAAUAAUUAAUUGAAAUGCUUGUAUGUAUACGAGCAUUUCAGUUAAUUAAAAAAGCAUACCUACAAGCAAAUACUUGUUCAUUAAAUAUUGAAUGUGAAUAAGCCAUUUCUUAUAAUAAAAAUAAUAGGAAUAACAGUUUGUUUUGAUUUAACAUGGUCUGUGCGGAAUAAAGUAUAUAAUGUCAUUAAAAAUCAACUUAAAAACUUUUUUUUUAUCUUAAAUAUUAUCUAUUAAAUGCUCCAUUUUGAGAAAUAAUGAUAAAUCAUUAUUUUCGUGAAUUCUUAUGCGUAUGAACAGGCUUUAAUGUUUUUUCUCUUCAGUAUUUAUUCUUUGUUUAGUAUGUUUUCAUGUGUUUUGGGCGCAUAUGAUGUUUUAUGUGACUCUAUUAUAGAAUGUCGCCUUCCACCAUUAUGUAGCAAUUUUAAGGGUUUAUGUUUUUCUAAGGUAUUGUUCGUAUUUAAUACAUAUAAAUAAAAGACCUAUUUCUACUUGUCACGGGUCAUAUAUUUUACAAAUUAAAAAACAUUUAUGCACUUUUCAGAAAAACUCGGUGUUCCUGCCGGUCCCCAGUCGGGCAAAAGGGAGGACGUUUUCAAUGUAUUACAUUGUUUUUAAUUCGAUUUGGAUUAAUCUAAGAAGAACACCGUAAACCUACCAGACAAGUUUGCCGGUCCCCAUACGAGUAAAAAGAUAUAUACAACAAACAAAAAUCAGCGCCAUACUGAGGACCAGAACGACCAAAUAAGUACGCAGGAGGUAUAACGUUUUCUGUGACUCAAAAAUAAAAUGCCGCCGUACAUUAAGAGAAAAAGUACAAAUGGUUUGACGGUCCGUAAGCCAAAAAAGAGUAGGACGGUGGCAGAUUUUCUUCAUUCAGUUUUAAGUUCAAAAUGGAUACGCCACAGACAACACCGUAACCAUGCCAGAAAAAGUGUGCCGGUCCUUAACCCAGUCAAAGAGACCAUGGGAACCACCUGCAGACGGUUCAUAUUGCAAAAGAUGGGUUUUGAUUGCACGUUUGAAGAUAGAACAUUACAACGUGCAUAUGUGGGAUUAGUCACACUGACAAUUGUACAGUCACUCCUUUUCCUCGUCUUGACUGUAUCGUGGAGAAUCCAUAAGGAACAGCCGCCAUUGGAGAGCAGCAUGUACUGUGUGCCAUGUAAUGACAUCAAACAAACGAAUCCUUACAAUGACACAGGGCACGUCAUUGAUGCAUUGAGACAAAUAUAUAACGAGUCGGUAUGCUGUGGUCCAAUUCGCAGAGUUAUGGUGCUCCGCAUUCAAAACGAGAUGAAAAAACAAUACGUCGAAAACGGACAAGCAAAUCCAAGUUAG